CAUCCCUUUUCUCUCUCCCCUCCUCCCUUCUUCUAUCUACAGCAACUGGCAAAUGUAUGAAUUUUGCCCUCUCACUACUACUUAUUGCCUUUUCAAGCUUUCUUCCCCAGCUUCUUCCUUGCUGGGUUUCUCCAUUUUUGGUUCAUCUCCAGAAACUUGUUUCCAUGGAGGAAGUAGCUGGCUUUGUCUGUUGCUAAGUCAGUGAGCUUUUAAGAACUUGGUUGGAAGACAGAGAGAAGAGAGAGAAAAAAAGAGGAAAGAGGAAAGAUUUUCCUUUUAUCAAGCUGCAAAAUGCCACCAGUUCCUCUUGCACCAUAUCCAACUCCUCCAACACCUUAUACACAACCUGCUAAUGCUACACAGAGCCAGCUUGUGUGCUCAGGAUGCAGAAACCUUUUACUUUAUCCAGUUGGGGCAACCUCUGUUUGCUGCGCAGUUUGUAAUGCAGUUACCACCGUACCGCCUCCAGGCACAGAAAUGGCACAAUUGGUGUGUGGAGGCUGUCAUACUCUUCUCAUGUACAUCCGCGGUGCCACAAGCGUACAAUGUUCUUGUUGCCACACUGUUAACUUAGCUUUGGAAGCAAAUCAGGUGGCGCAUGUUAGCUGCGGGAACUGCAGGAUGCUACUGAUGUAUCAAUAUGGAGCACGGUCAGUGAAAUGUGCAGUAUGCAAUUUUGUGACAUCAGUUGGGGUAGAUGUCAACGAGCACGAUCGAUCAAAAAGCCUAAUAGCUAAAGUUAUCGUCAACAUGGUUGUCCCAAAUUCGACAACUGCGGCUUUGUCCAAUAUUCGUGACGCCCUCCAGGGUGUUUGUCCGACUCGACAAACGGAGGUUCCUCUUCAUAUUUACUUGUAUAGAGCUGUAUUUCUGCGCAUGAACUUUAAAUGUUGCUUUUUUCGGUCUUCACAGUGCUUGAAUGUAAGAUUUAAGUAGUUUUGAGAAAAAAAUAUAUAUAUGGUAUGAGAGACAACUUUUUACACUGUGCUGAGUGUAAUAUAACUGUUGGAUAAAGAUGGAUUUUGGUUUGUUUUUUUUUUUC